UAGCCAGCUGUUACACAUUAGGAUAAUGCACACUUUGAACUGUUUUACACAAAAAAAUCAUUUAUUUUGAGAUAUUCAUGAAAUCUGUGUCUUCGUUUAUUCAACCUUUUCCAAAAACUUAGUUUACUGAGCCAGAAAAAAUCACCCUCUAAAGGAGUAGGAACUAUUUUUAUGUGACGUCAUAUCUGCUUACAAAUACAUGUAGUAAUAAAAUAGUAAUAAUAAUCGACAUAAACACUAGGUCUUCUACCGAAAAUAUAGCUGAAUGUGCACUUCUUGAGCUAGAAAUACAAAUAUAAUUAGAAAAAAUAUAACGAAAGCUAGGACUUUGGAUGAAUAUCGGGAACAAAUUGUCCUCUCUAGGUCUUUGGGCGGAUGCAGAACUCGCAAGCUCGGUCUGCCUUACAGCGCAAAAACCGUAAGCAGACACAUGUUCAUUCAAUAAACUGCAGUUAAAAUACAUCUCGGAGAGAUUCACAAUUUCCCCCAAAAUUUUGUUUUUCGCUUUUACCGAUCAAAGUCUACUGUCUAAUCCCAAAAACUGAAACUUGUAUAUAUUAUGACAGAAGCUCGUUAUAGAGAGGGUAUUAUUUGUUUGUGGUAUGUUAUUGUUUACAAAGUUUUGAAAAUGUGUGACUAUCGAUUUAAAUGUAUGAUAUACAUGCAUAUCACAUUUAAUGUAUUCUUUAGAUAAAAUGUGUCAUUCAAAAGUUAAAUUUUGUAUCUGCGCAAAUUUAGGAUAUGCUUUAAAUUACAAAAUUAACAUUUCACUAGUUUGUUUGUAAACACAAAAAUGGCUCGAAUCUUGUUUACAUAAAACAGUCAAGGCUAGAAUAUUGCUCUUAUCCUUGCGUAAAGGUCCAAAUGUUGGUUGUCAACUUUAAAUGAGAACUAUAUGGUUUUCAUUUUAACAUAGGAACGUUAACCCCAUAAACUAAUCCCUCUAACAGUCACAUUGUAGUAUCAGGCAACAAAAACCAGAAGUGUUCUGUGAUCAAAAGGAAUACUGUCGUCAUGCAAAAACAGGGGGAGCGUGGGAGGAUACUUUCUGGCAGGACGAAACAUGCACUGGAUACCGGUUGGACUGUCUCUGUUCGCCAGUAACAUCGGAAGUGGUCAUUUCGUCGGUCUGGCGGGAUCCGGGGCCUCCAAUGGGAUAGGUGUGGCCGUCUUCGAGUUAAACGCUAUCUUUAUCUUGAUGAUGCUGGGGUGGCUGUUUGUCCCCGUUUACGUGGCAGCUGGUGUUUUCACCAUGCCGGAAUACCUAAAAAAGAGAUUUGGUGGACAUAGAAUUCGUGUAUACCUGUCCGUGUUGGCUUUACUGCUCUAUGUCUUCACCAAAAUAUCUGCCGAUUUGUUUUCUGGGGCCCUUUUCAUCCUUCGAACCUUUAAGGGCUUUGAUCUCUACCUAGCCAUUAUCAUCUUACUCAUCAUAGCUGCAUUGUUUACAAUCACAGGUGGACUUACUGCUGUGAUAUGGACCGACUCAAUCCAAGUCCUUAUAAUGGUUAUCGGAGCUUUCAUUCUUAUGGUUAUGAGCUUUGUUCGUGUUGGUGGAUAUGAAGAGGUUGUGAGGAGAUUUUUUGAGGCUUACCCCAACACUACACUUCAGAAUUACGGAAACGCUAGCGACCCCUACUGGAAAUGUGGAAUACCCCCAGCGAACUCCAUGAACUUAGUGAGGUCAUACGAUGACGGUUCCUUGCCUUGGCCAGGCAUUAUGUUUGGUCUGACGAUUUCUUCUGUCUGGUACUGGUGUUCAGAUCAGGUUAUUGUCCAGAGAGCACUUGCUGCCAAGAAUAUUGCCAAUGCUAAAGCAGGAACGAUCUUGGCUGGUUAUCUGAAGUUCACACCUCUCUUCCUCAUUGUUUUCCCGGGGAUGAUCUCAAGAAUCAUUUUCCCAGACACUGUUGGUUGCGCAGAACCGGAUGUCUGUGAAUCUGUAUGCGGAAGUCGUGCCGGAUGUACAAACAUAGCUUACCCAGAUCUGGUUAUUGAGGUCAUGCCGCCUGGGCUGAGAGGACUGAUGCUUUCUGUGAUGAUGUCUGCUCUUAUUUCGUCACUGACAUCCAUAUUUAACAGCACCAGCACCAUUUUUACCAUUGACAUUUACAAACGUAUUCGCACUCACGCCAAUGACGUAGAGCUCAUGAUUGUCGGAAGGUUUUGUGUAUUGGCGUUGGUUGGUAUCUCCAUUGCCUGGAUCCCUAUUGUUCAGAACGUGUCAGAACUGUUCCACUAUAUACAGGCCAUCACCUCGUUCCUCGCUCCCCCGGUCUGUGCCGUCUACGUCCUGGCAAUCUUCUGGAAACGAACAAACGAACCGGGUGCGUUUUAUGGUCUGAUGAUUGGGCUGGUUGUUGGGCUGACCAGAUUUAUCUGGGAGUACGCUUACUCUGUACCGGCCUGUGGAGAGUCAGGGGACGAGCGCCCAGACGUCAUCAAGAUGGUCCAUUACCUUCACUUUGGAAUCAUAUUAUUCGGCAUUGUCUUCAUUUCUACCAUCGUCAUUAGUCUUCUGACACCGCCGAUACCAGAAAAACACCUCCAUCGACUUACUUUCUGGAGUCGUUUCGAUACAGCUGAGAGGGAAGAUAUUGACGCUGAAAAAGACAAAAAGGAACUCGAAAAGGGUCACAAAGUUGCAUUUAAAAACUUUUCCCAUGUGGAGGAGGGUCAACCCAUCUACAAGACUGCUUUACAAUGGAUUUGUGGGGUAGAAAAAAUGGAGGAAGCGGCAGAGAUGACAGAAGAGCAAAAGAGGGUUCUGGAAGAAAAACAGAACUCCAUCCAUGAGACGAAGACUCAAAAGUUAGUCACCACCUUCAAUGCCAUCUUCUUGAUGACACUCGCUAUAUUCCUCUGGGGAUUCUACGCAUGAUAAGUUGAUGUGAUAAAGAAAUAUUCUUUAAUGUAAAGAAUACAUGAUGGUGCUUAAGAAAUGAUCGAAAUCCCCGUCGGUGACAAAAUGUUUCAUUAAUCAAGAAUUAGAGCAGUAGGAGUAUUUUGUAUCAAUUUGGGUAUUUUAAAAUAUUCUACAGUAUUGAGAGGAUGUAAUCACUAACUGUAAGGAACUUUAGUGUCUCAAAUUAAUCAGUGUUGUGUGCACAGGCAAUAACAUUUUAUACUGUGAAGUUUGCAACGUAUUUGUGUGAAUAUAUUACAUGUAAUCUAAGGAAGUUUCCCAAUUGCACUUGACAAUAAUUCAGAACACAUGUACAUUUUACUUUUAAUGAUUAAACUAUUCCUUAAUUGUUGCAAAAUACAAAGUCCUAUAUAUUACUUUUUUAUUAUAUGAAUAUACAUUUUAUACUUUUACAUUAUUCUAUUAAAUUAAGACUAUGUCA